AUGUUCCGCAAAAAGACUGUAGUCAAUGAGAAGGGGGCACCUGUCAACGUUAUCUCCCCCGCUGUACCUGUCGACAUCCCGCGUUUACGACAGACGUAUACACUCAAUGACUUUGAUCUAUUGGCAACAUUAGGCACAGGUACUUUUGGACGUGUCCGGCUUGUUCAAUUGAAAGGCGUCGGGUCUUACCAUGCACUUAAAAUCCUGAAAAAGAGUGAAAUUUUGCGGUUACAGCAAUUGCAUCAUAUUAAGUGUGAAGUGGAGAUUUUGAGUAAGCUUCAGCAUCCAUUUGUGGUGAAUUAUCUUGGCCAUUUUCAAGACGAACGGAGGCUUUAUCUUGUGCUUGAGUAUGUGCAAGGUGGCGAACUAUUUUCGUAUUUGCGACGUCAGGGGCGCUUUCCAGAGCAUGUGGCGUGCUAUUACGCAUCACAAUUGGUCACAGCCUUAGCGUAUCUUCAUGCUCAACACAUUAUCUACAGAGACUUAAAGCCAGAGAAUCUGCUAAUUACAGCCGCAGGAUACCUCAAGAUCACGGAUUUUGGUUUUGCAAAGAUUGUCGAAGAUAAAACUUGGACACUCUGUGGUACACCCGAGUACCUUGCGCCUGAGAUUAUUCAGAGCAAAGGACAUGGCAAGUCAGUCGAUUGGUGGGCAUUGGGAGUAUUGAUUUACGAGAUGCUAGCGGGAUACCCACCAUUUUACGAUGAAAAUCCCUUUGGUAUCUAUCAAAAGAUUCUGGACGGCAAAGUAGAUUUUCCCAAGCACAUAGACUCAAAAGCGAAGGAUCUCAUCAAAAAGCUUCUCUCGCAAGACCGCACAAAACGACUUGGAUGUUUACGAGGUGGAUCAGACGACGUAAAAAAACAUAAAUAUUUUGCUAAAGUAGAUUGGGAUUCUGUGCUUGCAUGCGUGGAACCACCGCCAUAUUUGCCUCCAGUGAGAGGACCUGGUGAUCAUACGCACUUUGACGAGUAUCCGGACUCCCCCGUGGAUGAUUCGGUCGUUUUGUAUGGUGAAGACCAGGCUGCCUUUAAUGUUUUUGAUCAGUUUUAA